AUGGUAUUUUGGCAAAUUUAGAAAAUUCAUAGGAUAAUCCAAAGAAUUUUAAUUAUUAUUCUUAACUCAUUAAUAUUGAUAACAUUUGUUUUGUUAUUAUAGUGGGUUCUGGAUUUCAGAUAUUUCUGCUACAGUAUUUUGAAAGAUUUUCGUGUGUAAGGUUUUAGAUAUCAAGCUAAGGUAAAUUCUUGAAGCAAUAUUCAGAGGGAUUAUUGAAUAAUAGUUUGUAUUAAUAGGUUUUAAUAUUUUCUUGUAUGAUAUUUUAGUUAGAUAUUUGAUUCAACAUUUUUGGUUUACAUUAUUUGUGGUGUCUUUGGCUAAAUUUUUAGCAAAGUAAUAUUUAAAUAGAUGAUAAAAGUAUUUUGAUUUUCUUCUAAGGAGAUAUUUCAUAAGAAAUUAUGUUUAGAUGGCAAUAAUUGAAAAAAUUGAUUAUUUCAUUUAUUAUCUUGCAAAUGAAAAAAAACCAGUGAAAUUUAUGUGUCUAAUUUAAUUUUUGACAAUUCCAACAAUAUUCAAAACAAGGCUUGUGGAUUUUUUAAAAUAACUCAUAGUUAAUUCAUACAUCCUACAAUAUCUGGUAUUGUUAUUUGGGUUGCAUUUUUGUUAUAUUUAGAAUAAAAUUUAGAAUCAUUGUUUGAUUUAUUUCAAUCAGGUAAUACCAAUAAUUAUGUUUCAUAUUGCUUAAAAUUUCGAAUGUAUAUUAUUUUAUGACUCAUAAUUUAUUAUUUUAUUAAAUUAACCAAAUCAAUAUAAAAAAUGA